GUUAUUUUACGCGUAGGAUUUUUUAAUCUACCGUAUGUAUAUUUUCAUUAUUAUUUCACUGAAGUCGUGUCAAAGUACAGAAGUAUUGCAGCCUGAGGGCAGAAUUGCGCCGGGACAGGUUUGAUUGACAUGUGCAAAAGUUCAUCUUGUCUAGAAGAUUAGGGGGAGUGCUUGUCUUGUGUGGAGUGACUGACAAAAAGAAUUGAAAGCCUGCAAGUCGCACCAUGAUUUCGGAGUUUUUUUCUGUUGUUGCUCUAUCUGCUUUCAUGUUUGUUGGAUGUCUGGUUUCUGGUUACAUUCCACUCAGCUUUUCUUUAUCACAGAGAAAAAUUCAAUUGUUUACAAUAUUUGGGGCCGGUCUCCUGGUUGGUACUGCUCUAGCUGUUAUAAUACCUGAAGGAGUGGAAACCAUUUAUAAUUCACAUGAACAUGAUAGCUCAGAAAUUUUAGAAGAAAAAAGGAGCAUUGUUGAUGAGGAUGUUUCUCCAUCAGAUUUCAAGUCAGCUGUAGUAGAAGGAGAAAAGCAUGAACAUGAAGAGCACCACGCUAACAAUCACAAGGUUGUAGGAAUAUCCUUGUUAUUGGGAUUUGUAUCUAUGCUACUUGUUGAUCAAUUGAGUGGUUCACAUGGACAUUCUCAUCCUCCGGAUAUAAAACUAGACAAUCUUACACAAAGUGUUGUUGGAACAGCAAGACAGCCACAAUCAUCAAAUAAAGGAAUGACUGCAACUAUAGGAUUAGUUGUUCAUGCAGCUGCAGAUGGAAUAGCAUUAGGUGCUGCUGCAACUACUUCUCGAUCCGAUUUACAAGUCAUUGUGUUUCUAGCAAUAAUGCUGCAUAAGGCCCCUGCAGCAUUUGGCCUUGUAUCAUUUCUUAUGCAUGACGGAUUGGAACCGAGAAAAAUUAAAAGGCAUUUACUUGUAUUUUCAUCAGCGGCACCUGCUCUAGCGAUUUUUACAUUUUUUGUCUUGCACCAGUAUUCAGGUACGACAUUACACAGUGUGAAUGGGACCGGGAUAGCAAUGUUGUUUUCAGCAGGAACUUUUCUGUACGUAGCCACUGUUCAUGUUUUACCAGAAGUUUCACAUCAAGCGUCAAGUGGAAGCCAUUCUUCGGGAUUGAGUCGUUUUGAAGUAACUUUAUUAGUUCUUGGGUGCUUACUUCCUUUAAUUCUUAAUAUUGGACAUCAUCAUUGAAGCCUUUUUAUUUUAUCUACCUUCUUACUUUCAAAGAUAUUCAUUCUAGUAAUAUGUGGUUGCCAAAGUUUAAUGAUAACUUUUUGAAUACCUAUUCCUGACAUUUUACCAUUAUCCUUCUGGAAACGUACUGUACAUCAAAUUGAAUAUUCUCACAGAAAAACCUAAAUAUUCAUUUAUUGUUAUCCAUAUGUAACAUUGGAGGUAAACCAGCAUUUACAAAACCGUGAUCAUAAUUUAAAGUGAAAAUGUAGCCCUUGUUUUUGUCAAACAGUGAUGAUGGAUAGAUACAAAGCACCAACUAUAAAGCAAGCUUGAGUGUACCUAAUUUUGGCUUUCCUGCAAUACAGACACAAUUUGAGUAUUUUCGGUCCUGUAUAUGUGAAAAAUCUUCAUCCCAUGACAUUGGGAGGUUUUCAUUUGUAAAAAGUAAAUUCAAACAGAAUAUACGUUCCAUAUAAGAAAUCUAUCUUCGUCUUGAAAACUGGGAUUUUAGUGUGCUUUUUUAAUAUUUAUUUACAGUUUGUUUUGAACAGAGUGAGUACUGUUGAAUUUUCAUAUUACUCUCGCAAAUGAGAAUAACUUCUAUAUACCAGUUCAUGGAUAUAUUAUCCUCUAACAACUGUUCACGUUUUCAGAAUAAUCUUCUAAUUUGUCAGAAGUUUAACAAAUUUGUUUCGUUUGUUUUUUAUUUAGUGCAAUGAAGUGUGGUUUUAGCAUGGCCAAAUUGGUCCAACUGAAUUUAAAAUAUAAGUUUGCCAUAGAA